CGUAGCUGCUACCAUUCACUGUUUUAACUUAACUCUAGACUCUACAAGUAUUACCAAUAAAGACGUCUUCCAAGUGUGACGAACUUUCAGUUAGAUUUCACCAUCGGUUGUGGUAAAAUAUAGUAAACGAUCGUCGCUCUUUUUAUUUGUUUAUCUCGUCGAAGAAUUUGAAAUAUUUUUAUUUUCAGUUUUGUAUAAAAUUUUCGGUUGAAGUUGUGGAAAGUGUUAUUUGCUAUUUUGUAAUUUUAUUCAAUGAUUUUCGAUCUCAAAAAAUAAUUUAAAAAAACAAGUGAAAUCGUGGAAAACAAGUUUGUUUUUUUCUGUGGUCAAAAAGAUAUUCAAAAAAAAAGAAAUAAUUGUGUGAGAUACAUGUUCAUAUAAAUUACUAUUAUUUGGCAAUUUUAUUAUACUCAACCAAUUUGAUUAAUCAAUCAAACAUAAACAAAUCGUGAUUAACAAACAAAUUUAUCUGUGGACAAAAAUUUUGCAAUUUGCAUUUGAAGAAAGUAUAAUCAUACACCAAAAGCUCAGAGUAGACGUCAUUAUUGUCCACAUAUUCUGGGGAGAUUUUAAUUUUAAAUGAACAAAAGAAGACGUUAAGUGGACGUUUAAAAUUGGAUAUUAUAAGGUUCUUGUUAAUUUGACGAGAGAGAGAAAGACAUAAAAUAAUGCAGGCGGUAGCAAUUGCGUGUAGCGUGUUAUUUGUUAUUGUUGACUUUACUCAAGCACAAGAUGAUAUCAGUAAUACUUUAUACACAAAGAGAUACGAACGUUUAGAUAUUGAUACAAUUUUGGCAAGUCCGAGGCUAGUGACAAACUACGUGGAAUGUUUAUUAAAUAAGAAGCCCUGUGCUCCCGAAGGCAAAGCACUUAAAAGAAUUCUGCCCGAAGCCCUUCGUACAAAAUGUGGUCGGUGUCAACCGAGUCAAAAGGAAAUAGCCCUUAAAGUCAUCACAGCCUUAUACUUUGACUAUCCUCAAUACUACAAAGCUCUGCGAGAGAAAUGGGAUCCCACAGGAGAGUACAACAAUCGUUUUGAAGAAUAUUUACGUGAUCAAAAAUUCAAUGCAAUUGGAGGUGGAAUUGAAUCGGAAGCAGGAGAACAAGCACAGGGCUCAUCAUACAGCAUAAAUAUUACGCAGCGUCCAACACGUCAGGGUGCAGGACAAGGAGGAGUUCAAGCUGAUGAACUAAAACCAAGUGCCACCACAAAUAAUGACGAAAAGAAUUUACCAGAAAUUCUAAAUCGUUUUGGCAAUGACGAAGACGAAGGCGGAUAUGGUUAUGAAAAACCUGAAAUGAAACCAAGUAGUAGUCAGGCUCCACCAGUUGCAGCAGCGCUACAACCUUCAAAGCCACAAAAACCUCCAUCCCAGCAGCCACAAUCAACAACACAAAAGCCACAGCAACCAGCAGCACUGCCAAGUGUGACUUCAGCGCCAUCUAGGAGACCUUCCAAUAAUGGUAAUAAUUCACCAAAUUCUGGAAGUUCAUCAAAGCCAGCACAUAGCAAUAAUGUAUCUGGAUCAGGAUCUAGUUCGGCUUCUGUGCCAUUGCCAUCACAGACACAGACAUGGAAUCACCAGAACCAUCAGAAUAAUCAUCAACAACCAGCAGUUACGACAACAUAUUAUUUAAAUACACAAAAUCCAGUUUUGAAUAUUAUUAAUCGUAUUACAAUGAAAUUUGCCAAUACUGCUGAAUUUAUUGCAGGAAUGCUUAGAGGAGCAGUGCCACAGCCACAGCGGAGUUAAGAGCUCAUCAACCGUUUUAGGUUUGUUGAUGGGAAUUCUACGAAUUUUGUUCGUUGUGACAAUGAAUGAAUUAGAUGUACAUAAUAUAUUUAAAUUUAAAUAAAACAAAUAUGAUUUAAUUUAAGAAAAAAUUAUUUAAGUGUUAUGAAAAAAAAAUCAAUAUUUAAAAUUAUGACAAACAGAAAAAGAUACGUGAAUUCAAAUUGAGUGAUAUAAAAUAUAUUGUUUAUAACUAUUUAAUUUUUAUAUAAAUUAAAUUUUGGUUGUU